GUUACUUGUCUUGUGUGAGCUGCUCUAAUUAAUCCCAGUACCGGCCAGUUUUAUUGCAUUGCAUUUAUCUACCCUUUAACUGCAGUAACUAUUUUUAGUAACUUUUUUUUGCUCUCUCACAUUUCUAAGUCUUUUUUUUACAAGAAUGAUCCUGUUUCGUGUAUGGAUAACACUUAUCUGAAUGCAACAUAUUACUACAGCUACUUUCCAGAAUAUACUGUUUUCUGUUACAAGUUCUUGCCAUUUUCAUAGGUUUAGUUGCAUUCUUAGGGGAGAAGAUAUGAAAUUUCUGCAUAUAUAUACAGUUGCAGUAAUUGGAGAAAUAAGCAUGCAUUUAUUAUUAUUAUUAUUAUACAAACACGCGCGAUAAAAGACUCCAACUUGUUAGUAAGAUCAGCGUACAUCUCACCCUCUUAUAACUUACGAGUGAAAUACAUUAAACACGCAUUUCUUCUUAUUUUUUAUAGCGCAGAUUUUGUUUCACUUCUUGCAAGUUGAGAGAGAUGAGGAACUGGUGUCUGCUUUGGUUGGUUUUUCUCUUGUUGAAUCAACAUGGAAAAAUUGUUCAGGUUUCAGCAGGAAUUGAGUUCAUUGAAAGCAUGGGAGUGCACUUUAUGUUAAAUGGUAGCUUUUAUUAUGCAAAUGGUUUUAAUGCUUAUUGGCUAAUGGUUGUGGCUUCUGAUCCAUCUCAAAGAUGUAAAAUAUCCUCUGUAUUUCAAGAAGCAGUCUCAAAUGACCUUACACUUUCAAGAACUUGGGCAUUCAGUGAUGGUGGACCUCAAGCUUUGCAAUUCUCUCCAGGCGUUUAUAACGAACAAAUGUUUCAGGGGUUAGAUUUUGUGAUAUAUGAAGCAGGAAGAUAUGGGAUCAGGCUAAUACUGAGCCUUGUGAACAACUACAAAGACUUUGGAGGGAAGAAUCAGUACGUAAACUGGGCAAGAGAUCAGGGACAGAACAUAUCAUCUGAAGAUGAUUUCUUUACAAAUUCUCUAGUGAAAGGAUUCUAUAAAAACCACAUUAACACUGUUCUCAACAGGCGCAACAGCAUUACAGGAGUUUGCUAUAAAGAUGACAAGACAAUAAUGGCUUGGGAGCUUAUGAAUGAGCCUAGAUGCCCUUCAGACCCAUCUCGAAACAGUAUACAGGCUUGGAUUACAGAGAUGGCAUCUUACGUGAAAUCAGUGGACACGAAGCAUCUACUGGAAGUUGGCUUGGAAGGAUUUUAUGGAGAGUCUGCACCCGCAGACAGGCAAUUCAAUCUAACGGCCAAGCUGGGAACGGAUUUUAUAGCAAAUAAUCAAAUCCCUGGCAUUGAUUUUGCUACAAUUCACUUGUAUCCUGAUCAAUGGAUACCAGAUGCUGAUGAAGAAACCCAACAGACAUUUUCAAACAACUGGAUUAACAAACACAUCCAAGACGCGGAGACAAUUCUCCAGAAGCCACUUCUAGUUACCGAGUUUGGAUGGAAAAAAUCAGGUUUUGAUAUAGAAACGAGGGAUAAGCUGCUUGGUACAGUUUAUUCAGACGUUUACUCGUCUGCUAGCUGUGGAGGUGUAGCUGCCGGCUGCAUGUUUUGGCAACUACUGACAGAAGGAAUGGAUUCGUACAGAGAUGGUUACGAACUUGUGUUUAAUGAAAGCCGUUCUACUGCUUUUCUGAUUCAUGAACAGUCACAAAAACUCGCUGGGAUCCGCAAAAUGCAUGCCUGGCCGAGGCAUAGGGAGGAUAACGAAACUGUGAACAAUGAAGUUGGAUACUGAUGUGAAAACGGACAGACUGUUAAUUUGAGGUCAAAAGAAGUAAAAACCCAAUUCUUAAUUAUUUAAAAUUAAAUUUAAAAAGAACUUGUACAUUUCAUAUGUAAACUGAAAGAAAUAUGAAUCCCAUGAUAUGUUGAAGGAAUAUACAUACAAUUAUCUAAAUCAGUACUGUAAUACACAGCAAGAUGCUUACUAAGCCCAUUCAUAA